CCGGCUCGUUGCACUUGCUCGAACCGGAGCCAAGAAGGUAGAACUUGACGCCCUGCUUCGAGAGGUCGCUGCCGCCGCGCCAUGGAGUUGAAAUAUUGGCUCUCGGCGGAGCUCCGCAAACAGAAGCUCUGCAAGGUGAAGGAGCUGGUGCUGAAUAAUUGUCACUCACUUGAUGGGGAAAUCGAUGGCCUCGACCCCGAGUAUGAGAACCUCGAAAUCCUCAGGAUGAACAAUGUUGGCCUCCUUUCUCUCUCCAGCAUCCCAAAUUACAGCAAUCUGCGUAAGCUGGAAGUGAGUUACAAUAAUAUUUCUGGAGGCCUGGAGGUCCUUGAAGAGAAGACUCCCAACCUGACCCACUUGAACCUCAGUGGGAACGAAAUCAAAGACAUCAGUACAUUGGAACCCCUGAAAAACCUGCCCCACCUCCAGAGCCUGCAGCUCUUCAACUGCGAGGUGGCCACACUGGAGGCCUACCGGGAAAGUGUCUUCACCCUCCUGCCUCAGCUCACCUACCUGGACGGCUUCGACAAGGAAGAUGACAAGGAACCCGCCAGCUCAGACACAGAAGAAGAGGAAGAUGACAAUGGCUAUGAGAAUGACUAUGACGAUGACGAUGACUAUUACUAUGACGAUGAAGAUGACUAUGAGUAUGCAGAUGAGAAUGAGUAUGAGUACGAAUAUGAAUAUGAAGAUUAUCAGUUUGAGGACACAGUAGAUAGCGAGGAAUAUGGAGAUUACUGUUACUGGGACGAGGAGGAGGAUGGGUCUGACGAUGAAGAGGAGGAGGAGGAGGAGGAAGGAGAGGAAGACCUCCGACAGGGUGAGAAGCGGAAACGAGAAAGUGAGGACGAAGGAGAAGGUGUUCCUGAUGGAGAGAAGAAUGCAGGGGAUUGA